GAGUUCCAUGCGACCUAAGCAGGGCAAAGGUAAACUGUCAUGUCCGCUGUGUUUUGCAUGCUGAAAGUUCCUCACCAAAUUACGGCAAUAAAAGUGUGUGUCGUUUAUUCUGAAUGCUGGUGACAUGUUCCAGAAAGAGAGCAGAGAGCAGUUUGUUUGAUUCAGAGUCGCUGUUCGACAGAAAUCCCGCACUGGACUGCUGUGGAGGCUUGAAUAACGUGGAUUACAGUCAGAUGGACGUGUCUGUGUUGACUGAGCUGUCGAGGUUCAUAGACCUGACAGAGCCCAGGUUCUGCGUGGCUGUUAUUGCGAUCAUCUUCAAUCCUUUCUUCUGGAAUGUGGUUGCCAGAUGGGAGCACAGGACCCGAGGCCUGACCCGGCUCUUCGGUGGCCCGUAUGUGGCCUGUUAUUCCCUUGCUCUUCUCAUCCUCCUCCUCAAUGUGUACCGUAGCCACAGCAUUACAGUGGCCAUGAAGGGUCAGUCUCGCUGGGAGCCGCUGGAUAAUGCUCAGGUGUAUUACACUGGAGCUGCUCUCCUCAUACUGGGAUCUGUGUUCGUCAUCAGCAGCUUCAUGGCUCUGGGCGUCACUGGCACUUUCCUGGGAGACUAUUUCGGCAUCCUCAUGGAUCAGAAGGUGACCAGCUUCCCGUUUAAUGUGAUGGAGAACCCCAUGUACUGGGGCAGCACCGCAAACUACCUGGGCUUGGCCUUAAUGAAUGCCAGUCCUAUAGGGGUGGUCCUGACCGCAGUGGUGGGCGUCUCCUACAGAGUAGCUAUUACAUGUGAAGGACCAUUCACUGAGGAGAUCUAUCGGCAGAGGAGCCAGCGCUGCAAGCACAAGUAAAGAUGAAGUGUGUGUGU